GCGCUCGCAGAACAUGAUGAUGCCGCCGUUGCCCGUGCCGCCUGGCAAGAGGAUGACGUCGCGCCAGGUGCAGCAGGACGGCGUAACCUUCCCGCGGCUGUACGAGUUCGCCCACGUCCGUAGGAAGUGGACGUUCGAGCGGCUCAAGGGCUUGCACUCGGAAAUGUGUGGGCCUUUCAGCCUCAGCGUGAAUUGGUCCAAGGUUCCCGUCGUAAUCACGAAGCGCGACAACCAGGUGUUGACGCGCAACGAACGCCUUGCCAUCCGCUAUGUGCAGCGACAGUUCGUUGGUGCACAUCGCGCGCGGCGCCGGGAGAUCAAAAGGGCGUUCCAAGCAGACAGGGAGGCUGCCCUCUUGGAGACCAGGGCGCUCGAGCGGCUUGACGCGGUGGACCUCUUCUCUGGCCAGGCCAACUUCACGAAAGAAUGCCAGUCGCUAGGAUUAUCUUGCGCUUCUUUCGACGAGCAGGAUGACGCCUGCAACGACGUCUUGACGGAGCAGGGCGUGUUUAGGGUGAUCUGCUUGAUGGUGCGGCUGGUCCCGAACGGCAUCGUCCUCGCGGGCCCCCCGUGCAAGUACUGGAUCUUCCUCACCAGCGGGUACUUGGUGUACCAAGUCACCCUUGUCGACGAGGAGCCCUGGGAUCCCUUGCGCGUGGAGGCAAUUGGAGCGCUGGUGAUCCCUGCGUUACCGGCGCGCCCUACCUUCGUUGGAGGCGGGACUAACCAGAAUCCUGCUGGAGAUCCAGGCUCGCCCUUUGCUGUGCUCGGCAACAAGUUCGCAUACUUCAUGAAGGAUUUGGCGCUGCUGCUCGAUGCUCUCUCGUCCAACGUCCACUUAGCGGUGGAGCAGCCAGCGAACAGCAUGAUGUUCAAGUUUCGGCCGCUAGCAGACGUGCUGGAUCUGUUGAAGUUCCAGAAGCACUUCAUGCGCAUGGGGUCCUUUGGCCAUGAGAGCCCGAAGCCCAGCCACAUCGUGACCAACGGGCAGUGGGGCAAGUGGCUCGAGGCGUGGGCGAAGCACUUACCUUGCCAGCAGCGCAUCAUCGGCAACUCCCGCAUCCUGAACCUGUGCUUGCUCAAGCUCACCGCGCUCAAGGAUGGCAACUUGUUCGCCGAUGACUUCUACAUGGAUAUCAGUAUGUUGCCGAUUGUCCUCAAUGAAAUGGCAUCCACGGAAGUCACUGACGACGACAUAAAAGCCAUUGUGGAGAACCUCACGCAAGCACCAGGUCAAGAGGACCACUACAGCCAGUUCGACGCCAGCGACAUGAGAUCCAUGCUCGUAGACAGAGACAACGCAAUCAACGCAGAGCAAGCCAGGCAAGACACAUCGGAGGUCAAAUCACAGCUGGCCGAGACGUUGAAGAAAAUCAACUUCAGACCGAACCGCGAGAUUACCACGUACGGUGGGUACUCCUUGGCUCGGGCAAGGAAUGUCUCGCACACUUCGGCAGCUGCAACUGCGUGCAUGGUUGCCGGCGAUCCUCUCAAGGGGGGCUUGCAAGACAAGGCCGUCGUCUUGAAAUACGAGCACAGGCUGGCUGCGGCAAAGACCAUCCGCUCCAUGGACUUCUAUGAGAACCUGGAACCCACGGACCUUUGCAUGCACACGAUUAAAUGCGACGCCACAAACAGCAACGCAAUCGAGAGGUCCAAGGUGCACGUGUCCAUUGUGAUGUCUGUCGCAUGUUUCUACGAGCAGGGCCGCGAAGACUUGGAGCAGUCUGCGUCGCCCGAGGACAUUGCCAAACAUUGCGACCACAUCAGAACUGUGGGGGGCCUCCAGAUCGUUGGCAAAGGCACAGGCACCGAGACCCACCGAUUCUGCCAGCGCGAGUUGGCGUCCGUUGGGUGCUCAGUGUGGAGCGCGAGCGGGCCCGCUGUCCAUGGACAUGGAAACCGAUUGACGGUUUACGUGUGGGGAGUCGACGCUGGCGGUGAGAACAAAACGCUCAUGCGCCAUGUCAAGGCAGACUUGUUACACGCUCCUCACGUGGGGUUCCACGCAUCGUUCUGCAUUCUGCACCAGCAGCACAUAAUUGUGAAGAACCAGCUGGCCAUGAUAGACGCGUGGUCGUGGGGCGCCGAUCACGACAUGGACAGGCCAUAUUUCUCAUGCACGGCAACGCUGGCAAAUGUGUGGCGGAGUUGCGGGAUGCCCGCUAAAGUGUUCCAGGCCGCGAAAGAGCUAUCUGGCGUGGAGACAGCGACGCGCUUGUUCAGGAACUUGCCUGGCAGGUGUUUACGGGGUCGCUGGGGCUCGGUCGGCAGCGUCGAGGAAAAGAUCUUGCAAGGGCGCGAGUUGAUCGGCUCAGUCUUUCGCGCAGCUUGCGGCCUGACGGACGAAGUCCCGAGGAAACUCGGCGUUGCGAAGGCCAAAGCUAAGGCGAAGCCCGCAGCUGACCCGAAGGCGGCGCCCAAUAGGAAAACUGGCCUCAAAGUGUCUGGCGAGGACGAGGAACAGGAGCACCGACAGAAGAACAAGCAGUACAGGUACAUCGCGGCCCAAGCGGCGUCAGAUCCAGUCUACAUCGCGACUGUACAGAUCUCUUUCGUGGCGAAGGGACCUUUCUUGCAUUUACUCCACUGGAUUGAGAAGAGGAAGAAGGAGCACGCGAAUGCCUCCGCCACACGUGCGCCCGAACCCUACUUGGGGGAGACGCCAUACUCGCUGCUGGCGGGCGAGAAGGGCGAGCAAGUCACAAUGGACAUCGCGCGGCUGCUGACCGAUGAUGCGCGCAACGACGCCGCCGCGUGGGGUGCCGUCUGGGGCUUGCUCCCGAACCAUUUGCACAGCAAGGCGCGUCUCCUCAUUGUGUCGCUGGUAUUGCGGGGCGCUGCAGAAUGGCACUACAGAGUGUAUGCGGGUCUGCGCAGCUAUCCUUUGUGCUUGCUGAGGGUUCUCGACUACCCUAAGGACGCCCGAUACGACGCACGGCAGAACCUUGCAAGGACCUUCCUGGACGAAUCAGCGGUAAACCUUCAUUCCAACACGUCCGACGUGAGUUUGAAGCUGCGCAUGGCGUUCCGCCCCGAGUGGGAGGAGAUGGCCGCGAGCGGUCAGUGCCCCACUGUGCUCUGGACGUGGUUGGUGUUGUUCCGCGCUGCCAUCCCGAUAGACACGCAGGAUGUCGAAGGUGCCUCUCGCGUGGUCAUGGCGAUCGCGCCGGCAAGCAUCACGCCAGCGGACACCUUGGGGGACAACUUCGAGACUGUUCAGGACCGCCGCCCGAUGCACAUGCCCACGAGGGCUCGCUACGGGGAGCACCUGUCAACGCUGGAGCUGUUGGCCGCCGUGGACGCUGAGUUUUUGAUAUUCUCCGACAAGGCGGUGUCCUUCAUCACGCGUUCUGGAGACUUCUCCAUUGUGGGGCGGGGGUGGGGCGCAGGCGACCUCGCGAGCGUCCAGCGUCGCCAGACCAGCAUCGAACAGAUCGGCUUGGUGGCCGACUCGCGUGGAGGGGCGUGGCUGGUGCAGCACCCCGACGAGACGAAGGACCACUACGAGGCCAUCCACGGAGCAACGCUGGCAGAAGGGAUGAAGGCCGCACACAUCGCAGACCACGAGAACAAUAAUCGCAACGUACAGAGGUUCAUAAAGGGCUUGGGCAAUAUCUUCAACGGGGAGUCGACCGAGACAACGAUCAUCGAACAUAUUCGGGACGUAGAUGCGCUUGAGGCCAUGCAUCCAGAUCGCUUUGCCUCGUGCCACAAAUACGAAAUCACGGCGACGUUCAGGAAGGACGCUGUCAAGACCAAGUGCCAGGUUACGGGCCACACUAUCUGGGACCAGUUGGUCAGCAGGGCCAACAGGGAGGUCGAUUUCCCGAACAUGUCCCAGGAGUCCCACGACCGUCUCUACACCAUUCUGGCGCUGAAGGCCUCUCGGCCCGACGUCAUCGUGGACGUCGUUCUUCUGGGCUUCCCGAGGGUGAACAAGCCCUGGGGCAAGUGCGAGGCUCUCCCGAAUGGCCUCCCGCUCUUGCGAUCGAUCAACGACGACUGCUUGAAGACGCUGCUCACUGCUUACACCGAGGCAGAGCAGAAGCGGAAGAAGAAGGCAGAGGCCGCCACCAAGAAACUAUGCGACAAGGCUGAGAAACACAAGCAGAAGGUCCAUACGCUCGACGAGAAGAUGGCGAAGGCCGAAGCGGAAGGCAAGAAAGUCAAUAAGAAGACAGCGCAGCUGAAGCACACCCCUCUCCCCCUGGAAUUGAUCGGCGACGACGCAGAGGGGGCGACGGCAGAUUGGUUCACUCACUUAGACAACGCUGUGGCCUACUUGACAAAGAUCGACAAGUCGCAAGCUGAACUCAUCGAGGCUUUUCGCCACAUCGCGUUGUUCAUGGCUGUCGGGGGCGCGACGUCGUUGAAGCUGCAGGCGCCUGGCACCGAGAAGGAGAUCAAAGGGUGGACAGUGCUCCAGGCCUUCAUGAAGUCUCUGAUCUACCGCAAUGCCCGCCUCAAGCCAAGGGAUUCCGAUCCUGACGCUCUGAUGGUGCUGAACCUGGUCAGCGAAUCCAGCACCGCGGGGAAUCAGGCCGCCGAGGAUGUGCUGAACCUCGUCUGUGACACGAUCGGCUUCUCGCUGCCUCUCAUGGCGCAGGGCCACGCCGCGAAGACGAUGAAUUCCGCGAUGGCCGCCCUCACCAUGCACGUGUCUUCGAUGGGGGGGAUGUGGGACAACAUGGAGGAUCCUCGGAACUAUUUUCUGAGUACCGCUUUUGCUCACGUGGAAAUGAACCUCCCAUCGCACCUUAUGGACGUUGCCAAAGUUAUUGCGGACGUCAAGGCUGCAGAGAAGCACGACGUGCUGAUCAGCGCACCCUUCCACGCGAUGGACCUCUGUCCUGCGAGAGUCUCUGGGGCGCAGAUCCAAUUGCUGGCGCAUGUUCUCGACAACCUGAAGCAGAUGGUAUUCGUGCUGCGCGCGCCGGCGGCCUUGAGCAACGACGAGGAGCGCGCUUUGCUGCCCGCGGCCGCCACGAGCCAUCCGUACGUUCCGCCGAUUGUGGCGGGAAGGGACAGCCAGAGCCAGUGCCAGAGCCACAACCAGAGCAAACGCCUCCGCAGAAACAACAACAGCCACCGCAAUCACUGCACGGUCAGCCUGACGGUCAGCUUCAGCCAGCGCCACCGUAUCCGCAGCCUCCGCCACCACAGCCAGCGCAUCCGCGCGGUGGACGCCAUGUGGAAAAUUCAGCAGGAGCUGAACGCGUUGAAGAAGCGGGUUACCACCAAGUGGGGUUUGAAAACGAAGGUGGCGGAUAAUGCGGUUCUCUUCACGAAGGGCAGUGAGACCAAACAGAAGAUCAUGGCAGAGUGGGCUGCGGGGCACCAGAACCAUUUGAACACCAAGAUGAAGGCCGGCGCACCCUUGGACGCUGUUUUCGCUGAGCUUGCGGACGAGUUCCCGAAGCGGGCAUCCUCGAAGAGCAUCGUGGCGUCGAACGGAAAUGGCGUCGGCCAGGAGAAUAAGUUCGAGCCCGUGCUUCUCUCCGAGCGGUGGCAGAAGAACGUGGAAGCCGAGCAGGCGACCAGCGAAGACAACGGCUCGCGACCCAGCAUCGCCCAGUACAUCAAGAACCAGUUCCAGGCGGCCCUGCAGAGCAAGAUACAAGGACCUGUGGGGGAUGAGGGCGAGAGGGAGGACAAUAUUGAUAUGGACAUGGAGGACAAGACCCAGAUCGAGAAGACCGACAAGGGUGAGAUCAAGAGCCAGAAGUUGGAGAGGCAUUGCGUGGGCGGCGGAACGUGGCCGACCCUCCCGUUCAACGGGCGCGUUGUCGACGAUGCGGUGGCCGCGCACAUGAACAUGAGCUUGCUCCUGCCAUUGUCGCCGGCGGAGGCCGCCGACGACACGGAGAGCCACGUCAGCGGCCCGAGCGGCUGCGGGGGCCCGCCCUCCAAGAAGCGCAAGAAGAGCAGGAAGCAGGAGGAGGUGGAGGCGCAGAAGGAGACGCACGAGAUCAUCUACACCGUGAUCGAGGUCAACGCUGGCAUCGGGAACGUGCCCAGCUUGACGGAGGUCGAGGAGCACAAGUCGGUGUUCCACGCGGACCAGCCCGACUUGUGGCGCCGCAGGGCGUGGUUCGACGACUGGAAGUUCGCGAAGGCGAAGAAG